AUGAAUAUUAAGAGCGGCGGUGAGCUAAUGGACGUCGACAUACGCCUCCUGGACGCCAAGAUAGUUGUCUGUGAUUCUCUCGACGGUUCCUCCAACAUCGACGCUGAAAUUUCUUCUGAUUCCAUCUUUGGUAUCUAUAACCCCAAUGACAAGUGUAACACCGACGACUGCGACUAUAACUCCGCUGUAAUGAACUACUCUCCCUUUCUGCCUUUCACCUUCCACAUGGCCACUCCUACCAGAUACACAGUCUUGGGAAAAGGUGUCUUUGCCUUCACCCUGGACCCAAUGUAUGGCGACUUCGUCCUCACGCAAGAGAACAUUGAGAUCCCUAAAGCUGGGAAGUUUUAA